GUCCAUUGUCUUCACAUUUUUGUACGCCACUGUCUCAAUGAGUGGUAACACGCUUUGGAAUUCUAUACGCUUCGCAUUUGCAGAAGGUGGUGGUGGGUGGACAAAUCUUGGCGAGAUUUUGUACCAAAAUGUGACCAUGCGGUCUGCUUCGACUGCCGUGUCAACGUUCACUAUGAUUUACGGUGAAAUGCACCCAUCGCUGGAUUUCUCGAGACCGGUUGUGAUCAUUCUUGGAAUAUCGGAACAAAUUGCUGAAGUUUUGAACAGUUGCUUCUGGGUGUUCACAUUUUGCGCGUUAUUUCUCUGGGCUACACUUUUUGGGAGGCUGUUUGAAAUAUUUUUGUACAAAGUCAAAACUUGUAGCUAUUUAGGAAAUACGAUUCUGCAGGACAUUCAUGAUUUCAACCGACUUACAAUUAUUUUGGACAAGUUUAAUGAAAUUUAUGGAAACCUCACAUUUUGUGGAACAAUUGCGGGUAUCAUAAAUGGUUCUGUGACGGCUGGAGAGGUCGUGUUGAAUAAUGAAUGGACAGUGGGUGGAAAAUUUAUCAGUCUUGGUGCCCUUAUCCCAUUAAUUUUUCUGUUACUAGCGGGAUCGAGAGUGAACCAUUUGGCGAAUGAAUAUGGAUCCGUUUUGAAACAGCAGUACACAAGUCAACGAGGUUCGCUUUGGGACAAAAAGGAGAUGAAUUUCCAAGUUUCAUACGGACUGGCGGUCGUUUUUCAUGAAAUUCAGAAAAAUUCUGUAGGAAUUCAAGGAGGUGGAUAUUUUACAAUUUCGUACUCUUUCAUCGGAACGGCUGUGAGUGCAUUGGCUACGUAUGCAGUUUUAAUGCUACAGUGGGGUGCCGUCGAUGGCAAGAAAAAUUAGUGAUAGC